UUCAUGACAACCCUCGACACACGUGAUGAGCGGCGUCGACGGCGCGGCGUGGUGGACGGCGUCACGUCGCGCCGCGGCUGGAUGCGGACGUGAUCUGCUUUGUGCACUGAAUCUAUGGCAAACACUGACGAAAUGGACAUGCGUUGGCGUUUUCUUUGCUCAGCCUGUCACUGCACGCAGAUGAGAUUGCGGCCAUCUGGUCCAGAAGUUUCAAACCAGCCUCUGUUCCCAAGGAAAAGGUGGAGUUGGCGAAGGCGAGAUGUCGAGACUUCGGUGGCACGAGGUGUGUGUGUGUGUCGAGUUGAAUGUCGCGGUGCUUGCAGGAGCUGGACCGAUCGACAUAUCUUGGAGGGUGCACCCCGAUGCGGUGCUGUAGCUACGUGAGCGACCAAAUUCCUCGUUAAGUUUUUUUUGCAGGUUUGAAUGCUAUACUGAAAUCAAGAGAUUCCAUACCACAUAUGGAUCCAGCGCAGCGACGAUACCGACGCCCUCGAUGGUCCUCGUCCGUCCGUCGUCGAACGAAUCGAGCUGCCCCUCUGUCAUUGCGCUCGACCCUGCAUCUCGGUAUGCGAACGAAAGCGACAAUGUUGCCUGAAUGGAGUGUCAGGCCUUGAGGAAUGUCUACGUCUGCUUCGAGAUGCAACCUUCCGUGUUUGAAACGAAACGCGGACGAGUGUGGAGAACCAUGUCAUGUGAACUCCCCAUCAAGUUUCACCAGCGAUUCGUCUUCGACGCGCAGCAAGCGCUCCACAGCACGACCGCGGCCGCUGCCGAAACGUCCGCGCCGUCUGCGGUUUCGGAUGCAAUUUGUAGCACCGGGUGCCAAAUACCCAAGGGUUCGAAUUCAGCGUUUUCAACGGUUGCACCCGCAUCGCAGUUGCCGACUGCACACCGCGGCGCAGUGCUUCUGUCGCCACACUCGUCAACUUGCUGCCGACAAGUGCGAUGGACCAGCGGCCACUUACCACGUCUGCAUGGAUGCCAUCCGUUGCCAACGUGCUCACAGAUUUCAACUUGGUGCGCCUCAUUACCGCGUUCAGCUCGGGCGUCCCGCUCGAGCUGUACACAUACAUCCAAACGUCCUAUACUGGAGCAGUCACAUCGCUGAGCGCACUGGACUUUGCGGUCUCGCAGGGGCAGCUCGAACUUGUACAGCUGUGUCACUCUCGGCGGUGCAGCCAAGUCGUCACAGGCGCUGGAAUGGACGCUGCCGCAUGCAAUGGACACUUGGAGAUGCUUCAGUGGCUCCAUCACAACACAGACACGACGUGCUCGGUGUGGGCCAUGAAUGGCGCAGCCAAGAGAGGACAUUUGAAGGUUGUGCAAUUUUUGCACGAAAACCGAGACGAAGGGUGCACUGUGUUUGCCAUGCACAAUGCUGUGGUACAAAAGCACAUGGCGAUUGUCGCGUUCUUGCAGUCGAAUCGAUCGGAAGGGUGCACGUCGUACACGUUAGUGCGUGCCGCUCAAUUGGGGUACCCACGUCGCUGACACCCUGCACUCAUGCCAUCCCGUAGCUACCUGGACGUGGUCGAGUUCCUCUUUGCAAACGAAAGACAAGGAACCAGUGGCCAACAAGCAUUUGACUUAGCGGCGUCGAAUGGACAUCUCGCGAUUGUGAGAUUUCUCCAUGCCCACUGCACCCAAGGAUGCACGACCCACGCCAUGGACGGAGCCGCGAUGAAUGGUCAUUUCGACGUUGUGAAAUUCCUCCACACCCAUCGAACUGAAGGAGGGACGGCAUUUGGGCUGGAACGGGCGCAAGCAAACGGGCACACCGAGAUCGCGACGUAUUUGAGGCACCAUCAAAUUGUGCGGUGAAUUGUAUGCAGCAUGUAAUUUAUCCGCAUGCACGCACCACUAGAACGUGCAUCUUCAUGUAGCCCGU